AUGCCGCCCAAGUCAGCCAAUCCGUUGCCUGUGGCAGAGAUCAAAAAACUCAAACAUGUCUUGAAAGCUCGAUCGGGAGAGGCUGGAAUAGACGAACUGGCACAGCGAUAUAGUGCAGGCAGCACUGAGGACAAGAGAGCCAUUUUGAACAAAUACAUUGCUGACCGCACCUUGAGUUUCCGAUUUGAGAUCGCUCAAGAGACUGAGCUAGCAAGAAUGGAAGGCUCGACUACAAGCGGCCGGUGGAUGACACUGAAGCAAAUCGCUCAGCAAGAGGGUAUGCAGCUGGACGAUCCUCACCUGCCUCUGGUGAUCAAGGAUUUACCUGAGAGGGACCAUGAAAAUCCAGCUCUUGCCGCUGAGAAUGUGAAACAGUACCGCGUGGAGAAAUUCAAGGAUCAUGUGUCAAAUCAACACAAAGAAGCUACUGUGUUUCGGAACACAGCAAUGGGAAUGGAGAGAGUCAGGAAGCCCGGGAGCCAGCCGUCUUCCGCUCUCUCAGUUGGUGGCAAAGGAGGAGGCAAGGCUUCGGGAGCUGGCCUUGUCGUUAAUUGGAACACAGCCAACAAAGGCAUCAAAAAGAACAUCAGUGCUGGCUUGAAAGACGCCAUGCAGGCGAUGAGUGUCUCCCAGAAGUUCCGGUCCUCCAUCGAGACUUCGAGUGACAAGGUAGCUCUCAAAGAUGGCCAAAAGAUCUUGCAGGAAAGCAUCGAGGCAACGGAGGGCAUCGUGGAGGCAACUCUUGAUACGGAGAUUGAUCACUUGCGCCUGAAGGAGUCUCUGCAGGCUUUGCUGAAGACAACUAUGGCCUUCAGAGAUUUGUUGUAUCAUGUGGCGCCAAAGGCCAAGCCAACUCCGAAAGAGGACAAGUAG